GCUCAAAGCAGGACCAAUCCCCAACUAUUUUUUUUUGCCCCAGAUGGUCUCCUUAAAGAUUGAAUUCACAACCCUGGCUUUAGCAGGCCAAUGCUCAAACCACUGAGCUAUUAUAUUGUGCUGCAUAAAAACUCCAGGUGCUCUACCUAUUAUACAAAUUGACUCAGUUAUGACUUCCCCCUUCUCUCCUCCACCAUUCUUCUGUCCUCCUUCUCUACAUGCUCAUUUUGUCCUUUUCGUAGCUCCUCUCUCUUCUCUCUGCCCUGUCUUUAUCACACCUGCCGCUGCAAGUGUCCUCAACCCCGUCUUCUUAAGGUGUUCCAAAGGUGUGGAAGAACAGCACGUUCAACUCCUCUGCCAACUCCUGCAGCUGAGGCUUCUCUGCUCGGGGUUCUAUUGACUGUUCUCCCAGUUGUCCAGCUCAUUCUGCCUGGCUCUGUCCAAGAAUAAAUAGCCAGUGCUCUUGUCCUACUGCUCCAUCUGUAAGUGCACAAACAAAAUGUAAUACUUGCAGACUAAAAAUGCCUCAGCAAUGUUAAGCAUUGUGGGGAGGCAGAGGGUCACAAGCUUGUGAAAAGUAUGUGACUGCAGGAAUGGACGUAGGGACACCUGAAACAACAAUGCUUUGCACUAACAAUGUGUCUUCCAUCUAAGAAGCUCAAAGCACUUUACAGACAUUAAUGAGUUGAACCUCACAACCCUCCUGUGAGUUAAGAUAAUAUUACCGUCACAUUACUAAUGUGGAGACUAGGGCAUUUUUAUGUGACUUGCACAGUCACACAGGAAGGCCACAACAAAGCUUGCAAUAGAAUCCGUAUCUCGUUUAAUAAGGUUAUCUGUUGGGAUAGCAGACAGAACUAAACCAAAAUAAUCCAGUAGAAUCCUUCCCAUCACAAGUGGCAUUGAAGUGCUCAAAGUUUUAAGUAUGCUGCAAUGGGGGUUGGGAAAAGCAUUUGCCUCCCUCAAAGAUUACUAUGUGUGUCGUCCACUUCAUUGGCUGUGCAGUGACACUGCCUGUUUUGAGUGAUGCAGAAGCUGAUUUCCUGCCCUAGCCUCCUCUGCUUUUAUGACCAUGACUAUAACGUCUUUAUGAACACUACGUGGCCUGUGUUAUGCAUGCUGCAGUAGUCGUAUGAGCUAAGAGCCUUGACUCAUGUCAGAAGAUCCAAUACAAAGUUUAAGCUUCAGAAGUCUCUCUUCCCGCUAAGGAUAUGGAAUGUUUUCAAAUGCACAUGUGAGUCAAACCUAUUCUCUACUCUGACUAUUCCGUAGUGGGCAUAGCAACAGAAGGCAAUAUAGAAGACACUAAAACAACCACUGCAGCAAAUCCUCACCACCCUACAAAAUAUUUAAUGUGAAAAAUGUUUAUUAGUUAUUAUAAAAUAAAUCAACCAACUUUUCUUUGGGCAAAAAGGUACUACUAGUAAAGAAACAAAAACAACAGCAAAAAGAAUUAAUUAAAAACUGCGGUAGAUGGUUUGCUUACCCCUGCUAUAUGUGCAGUAUAAACUUGUGCAUUUGUUCUGUGCCCACAGACAGGUUUCUCCUCCAAUUUUCUGGAGUGGAUUCAGGGUUGUGGUAAAGUACCAGUGAAAAUGAGGUUGUAAAUAUCCCUUAAUGAUACACAGAAAAUAAUUUAAAUUACCAGAAGGAGACACUAGAGACAUUAAAAAGUGCUGUAAAAUUAGCCCUAAAUCAGGGAAUCUCCCUGAUAUAGCAUCUAUGUCCCAGGUGGAAAGCCCAUUUUCCAUACAUUUGAAGUCUCUCCUUGGUGUGGGGGUGUGGGUGGGGGUGUGCGCGCGCAUACAGGAUAGUCAUGGGUGCAUUAAAGAGGUGUGUUUCCAUGAAAACUUAGAUUUAUACGAUUGGGGCUAAAUUACGCGUAGGAUAAGAAGUUAACACCCUAACCUGGAGGAUGAGUAGGGAAAGCAGUAACUUUUCUGAUGAUCUCAGAUAACAGGGAAGUGUGACAUUUCAAAAUGUCUUGUCCUCACACUGGAAACACAGUACAGGACAGAAUCUAUCUAGGGGACUGGGGGACAGCAGUACUGAAACUACCUUGGCAGGUUGAAAUUUGUGUUGCGAGGGGGGGGAGCCUUCAUGCACAUUAAUGAUUUGGAGAGAGGGGACUUCUUACAUUUUUAGUUUGUACCUCUGUCCAUCUCCACCUCCACCUUAUACACACAUUCGGAAUGGGACAAGGGGACAGGGACUUGGGCGAGAUUGACUCAGAGAAGGUGAUGUAGAUAGGGGUGGGACUUUCAGAUCAAUAGCCCCCUCUCCUCCCCUUUUCCACUGGCUGGAGUUAAUGCUUCUGCUGUUGCUGCUGUGCCAGUGUCAGUGUCUUCCUAGGCUCUGUGCAGUGCAAUUCCAAUUUCCCUAGAGCAGCAGCCUCUUCAGUCUACUGGACUCCAGCAGCCAGUUCAGGACUUUAUUUCCUUUUCGACAAGUGGCUGAUCCCUAGUGUUUCACGGGAUAGAGUAUUUGCUCUCACCACAGUAUCACUCUGAUAAAAAUUGGUGGUGACUUCAGAGCUGCUGUUUUACUGCUUCAUAACCAAGGCACUUACAUUUCCUUACUGCACCGGUGAAAUGAAACUGAAGCCAUCCUGGGCUGCUGCAUUCCAAGUGUUAACUAGCUGGUGCCUGGGACUUGGAAAUCAAGAGGAGAAGCUGGUGUUACCUUCUGGCCCUAAAACAAUCAAUCUCAUCACUGGAUAUAAUCACAAUACUGAGCAUGCAGUGCCUUUCUGCAAGGCUCGCAAAGUGCUUUAAAAACAUUAAUUCUUCUCACAAUGCUGUAAAGUAGCUUCAUAUUAUCAUACCCAUAUUAUAUAGAGAUAGUAAAAAAGAGGCUCAGCUAGGCUGUGACUUACCCAAGGUCACAUAGCAAGUCUGUGAUAGUGCUGGAAAUAGAAAAUAGAUCUGCUUUCUCCUGACUGUUGUUUGAGAACUACGAUGAAGGGCUCUUCCAAGACACUGCUCAUAUGGACAUGUGUAAUUACUGGGUCAUCCAAAUCAUGAUACUGUAAGUUUACUCUGCAGAGACAUCAUGAACAGCUCAAUCUUAACUCCCACCUGCAGAUCUGCCUGUAUUGUGGAGUAGGCUAGCAGAAUUUGAGAGAGUGACCUCUUCUGGCAGUCAGCAGAGGAAUAAUAAGGUUCUCUUGACUGAAUGCUAAUCGUUCCCCAAGUGGCUGGACAGUUAACAGUUUGUAUAUCCCUGAAACAACAAUAGCAAUUUAAUACACUUCAUUGUGUAUUGGUGUUUUCCUAUACUUAGUGUUAAGGUUCUGAGACCUGUGACUGUUGGGUUCAAAUAAAGAAGAUGGCUCUAAACCUUGGGGGAGAGAUGACCUAUCCUGUCAAUAAAAUGGAAAGGCUCUCAUUGACUUCAAUGAGAUUUGGAUUAGGUCGAUAAGCCAUAAUUAACUUGGUCUCUGCAAAUCAUUUUAUUCCACCUGUAUUCAAACACUGGGAAUAUGUGGACGCUGAGGAGAAUAAUUGUUGAAUUAAAAUACAAGUUGCAUCACAGUGGAACAGAUUUCCUUUUAAAGUGUGCUUCAUUUGGAUUUGAAUAAUAAUUAAAAAGACACAGAAACAAAGAGAUUAUGUACUGAAACAAAUCAACAGUGUUCUUCCUAUUCACAAGGCACAUCCUGGCUCCAGCUCUUUCAUCUCCCAGCUUUCGUCUCAGCUGCUUUCUUAGGUACCAGUGUGAAGCAUGGACUCUGUGUGUAGAAGAAGGUGGUACCUUCAGUUGGGCUGUAUAUUGAUAGUGAAUUUGGUUUAUGCCAAUCCAGGAUAUCAGAAAGAACCUCCUGGAAGCCUAGGUGAGAUUGACCAUCACUGCUGGGAGAUCUCCUCUCAUAGGCUGGUGGAAAUGAAGAAACUCAAGGUAGCAGAUGCUAUCAUUGCUCUCUGGGAUUUCAUGAUGUUCCUAAAAGAAUCACCAAAGGCCAAGCAUAAUGAACUUUUCAAUGACUUAGCCCAGAACUUCUGGGAUAUGUAUGUAGACUGUGUGCUUUCAAGGUCCCAUGGAAUGGGCAGAAGACAGUUACUAUCUCCCAACUAUUUUUCCACAUACCCACAGAGAACUUCACAAGGGUCAGACUUCUCAAAACAUCAGUUUUAGGUCAAAAUGGGAGAAAAAUGAAGAUACCUCAGCAAGAUGACAUCGAACUGAAGGAAAAGAGCCUGCUUGUCAAAAGCACAGCCUGUACUGUAGCUGCUUAUGAGCAAUGUUCCUUUGAUGGGUUUUGAGAUUUUGUUUUAUGCUGGACGAGCACAUGAUAAUUGAUAAAUACUUCAGAUGUGUGUUACCAACAUGUUCCCCUUUCUUUAAAUGUACCAAGGUUGCCUUUCCCCACCACUGCACAUGUGAAUGCUUUAUGUAUUUUGAGUCAAUAUCUGUGUUCUCUCAGGUAAACCUAUCUGUUUAAACUAGUGUUAUAUUUUUGUAGACAUUCAUCUUUCAAAUAAUUCUUUUUUAAAAUGUUAACUGCAAUGGAAACCCAAUAUAUUUUUAUACAUUAGACAACAGAGUUCAAUGGCAACAAGCAAAUUUUAUACAGUAUCUUGCAUAUGAAAUGGAUUUCAGUUUUAAGAUCUGCAAAAAAGUACCAAUAUCAACCCAAAGGGAGAGAUUAUGCUUGAUGUAGUGUCUUACGCAGCCUCUAAGUUUGUAUUUGAUCACUGCUUGGUCUUGGUUAUAGUUUAAUUAAAAUAUUUUUCUAUGCAACAAGGA